AUGCGUGUCUCGAUAGUUUUGAGCUUAGGAUCUCUUGUCUUGGCUCCUAUCGUCGUCUUGGCCGGCCACUCAAACCCAAACUACAUUACAACGGUUCCGAACCUAAAUGUGAAACCAGGCCAAACAAUUAGCCAUGACGAUGUAGGACGUUGGGCCUUGAGGGAGCAUGCUCGGCUCUAUGGCUCCACCUCCGUUUCGCCCCACGGUCGACCAGUGCCACGGCCGUCAGUUAAAUCAUCCAAGCAGCCAAAGCUUUCAUCUGCGCCAGAACGCAAGCCAUCAGGUCAAUCCUCCAAGGCGCCACAGCUUUCAUCUGCGCCAGGAUCCCCGCCACCAUAUAGUCGUUUUGAUGUCGACAAGCCGCUUCCUGCACUCCCGGCAAAGUCACAGAAAAGAAUGAUUGAUGAAUAUGAUAAUGACGAGGCAGGGCAAUUCUACCAUGGUGGUGAGCGAUCGCGCGACGCUGCUGAACACUACCAUUGGCGUCGCACCCUUCUACUGCGCGCUUUGCUUGACGAGCUGGACUAG